AUGGGCGUUAUCAUACUUCUCGGGCCACAAUAUGAAAUAAAACUUUGCGACUUUGGCGGAUCAAAGUCGGAGCUAACCGAGCAUUCAAACUACGGCUGUCCAGAAAAACCUAGAUGUGUUUGUCGAGUGCCAGAUGACCGGGCGAGUUCAAAAACGGCGCUCCAGGAAGCUAAGAACCUAAAGGAGGCACCAUUUUAUAUCUUUUAUAAGCAACUCGCUUUUCCCCCAUAUGAAAUAUUGCCGGAGGAAAGUUGUCAUGAGGCUAGUCAUAUCUCGGAUGCAAGUGGGUCAUCCAUCCCAGGCUGUUUCCUACCGGAUGGCUAUGUGGGCUGGGCUGAAGACGAAACGUUAAGGCUGGUGCUGGGAGCUCGUACUACUUUCCAAGAUGUAGAAGAAUUAAAACAGGCCGUCAUUGAACACGCUAACGAUCUCUCAAAAGGUGGAAUUCCCAACGCAUUGGAGGUGACGAAAAAGCUGAUUUUCUACGAAUCCCAUGAGGCUGGAAUAAAUCACUUCAAAAAGCACGCCAACGCCCUAUCCUUACUACUACCCAAGAGUGCAUUUGGCACAUCCAUCAAGAGAUUUGCCGAAGAGGCACUCGCGUUUUACGAUGAAAAAAAGAAGCUUGGCAAUGAGGCCGAAAAGAGUGAGGCCGAGAGCGCUUUUUCGAAGCGAGCUACUGAUAACAUUCUCGACCAAUUGCGACAUACAACAAACACGAGCAGCCCUCUGCUGUGCCCUGGAAUCACACAACUGGGCAACAUCCGCUGCGCAACAAUGGACGAUUUAUGGAAAAUGCUCAUCAAAAUGCAACUGCCGUUGAUCCAGCUAAACGAACAUGCCCUGGCUGCCGAACUGAGGUGUCGGAAACUCUGUCUAGGCCUCACGGGCUUCUGCGAAAGG